CGACGACCUGCCUUGUUUGUAUCUUCCUACCUACUACCCAGUCAAGUACAUUACUAUAUGUCCUUGAGUAGGUAUGUUUCUGAGGCGCACAAACCAGGCCCAAGUACCAGCCAUACCACGUCUUCCACCAACGGCGCCAGAUAAGCAUCCGUUCCUAGCGGCCUCCCGGCAACCACGGGCUUGGCUGCAAACCUCGGCCCUGCUGCUUUGUAUCAUCCUCUCCUCCAUUCAAGCCUAUCUGUUUCCAGAACGGAACGCGUCUCUCAACGGUCGAUCACGUCACCGCGCUGUCGUCCGGUCUUUCGGAUGCAAGGAUGAAUGGAUCGAUGGAUUCUCCUUAUCUCCAGCCCCCGGCCCCCUCCCCCAGAGGAGGGACAUGGCGGAAUCGCGGGCACGUGGGAGGCACGCUGGUGUUGCAGUCACCACCCGCCUCAUUGGCCACGCGUAGUGCCACUGCACAUGUAACGUCAAUCACGAUGGCCAAAAGGAUCAGACAAGCCCUGCCGCCGUGCCACGAUCAUGAGCACGGUGGCACUCAGGACCGGGCGGUGAGAGUUGCAUCCCACAGCCAGACAGCCUGCAUGCCACCAUGACAUACCACAGUACUUUCUCUACUCCACUCAAGGCUCAAUUUGCCCCGUUUCUCGGGGGCGAACCUCUCACUUUCCCCCUUCCCAAAGAUGCGAAACCAGAGCAUGCGGUACCAUUCAGCCGGUGCGAUACGGGCUGUAGGCUUGCAUCUGCCUCGGAAUUUCUGGACAUGAGGGUCCACCUAUCCCUGAAAGAGGAAGCUACCGAAUCUUCUUGGGUUCUGGAAUCAUGUAGCGGGAGAUAACGAGCACGUCGUAUCACCCCGUCUACCCCAGGCACACACCCACUCCCAGAUUGAUGGAUCGACCCCGCCUUCUCUGCAUCAAAUACGACGGAAAUCCUGUGCCCUUUCCGACUGGUGGCGACAUGGCGAUACUGAUCUUGGGUGAGGAGCUAUCCAUGGGCACUGCGCUGUUGCUUUGAACCGGCACCUCGGCCACCAGGUAUAAAGCCUACUGAGCCCACUCCUACUUGUCCCAAGUCGCGUGUCUCACUGAAGGUCAUUCCAAGGCUGGCAGGUUUCUUGCACAGGAGAUUCUCCAUUGUUCCCACUUGAAUCACCUCCCAUCAUCAUGGCUGUCAUUCCUGAUGGCGGGCCAGACGGCCCUACACUCUCGGAGAUCACACAGCCGAGUGAGCCUACGAGGGACAAGACCACUCAACAUACCCAACCGUACGAUGAGAAGAACCAGGACAUCGAAGUCGUGUCUGCGGGUCCGGAUUCUGACUACGAUGAUGCUGCCAAAAUUUAUGUGCCGGAGGACAAUGAAGAGUUCAUUGACCCUCGUCUGAAGGACUAUCCGAAUCCCCUGGUCGCGAAGACGGUUGACCUGCACAAUGACUUCGACGAGCCCAUUCUCACGUUUCGCUUCUGGUUUCUUUCCACGUUCUGGGUGGUCGUUGGUUGCGCAAUUUCGGCCAUGUACUACUUCAAACCAUACUACCAAACCCUCAGCUCCUACGCGGUCCAGUUGCUUUCAUGGGGCAUGGGAGACGCAAUGGCCAAGUAUCUCCCCAAGAGGACAUUUUCCAUCUUUGGAAAAUCUUUCAGCCUGAAUCCAGGCCCAUGGAACGCAAAGGAACACGCCUUGAUCGUCGUCGCAUACUGGGGUUCUUGUUACGCUGCCUAUGGUCUUGGGCCACUAUCCGCGUUGGAACUGUACUACGGCCGUAAAAUCAACGCUGGCUGGGGCAUCUGUUUCUUGUUGACUUCCCAGAUGAUCGGGUACGCCUUCACAGGCAUAUACCGUGAUAUCCUCGUUCGCCCGCCCAAGAUCUACUAUCCCGGAGUCCUCCCGAAUGUGGCAUUAUUCAACGCCAUGCACAAAAACCCCUCCGUCACCAAAAAGUCCCUGAAAUUCUUCGCCAUUGUCGCCUGCGCUACUUUUUGCUAUCAGUGGAUUCCUGGCUUCAUUUUCCCCCUCCUCUCGUCCCUUCCUCUGCUGUGCUACUUUGGGCAUGGGCAAUGGAAGGCCUAUUUGAUGGGUUCGGGAUACUAUGGCUUCGGAAUGCUCGACUUCACACUAGAUUGGAACUAUGCCAGCUUCCUCUCUCCCCUUUACACACCGCUAUGGGCAAACGCGCACCAGAUCGCUGGUGCCAUCUUUUGCUGCUGGAUGCUGUACCCCAUCAUGUACUUCACUAACACAAUCAACUCGCAAAACUAUCCGCCAAUGUCUUCUGGCACUUUCGACCUCACUGGGCAGACUUACAACAUCAGUCGCAUUCUCACGCCCGAAUACACCCUCAACCAGACGGCAAUGGACGCCUACUCCCCUCCCCGAUGGUCCACAUCAUACGCAAUGUAUUUCUUCUUCGGGUUCGCCGCAUCCACAGCCGCCUUGGCCUACUCGAUACUGUGGUACGGCAAAGACUCGUACAAGGCUUUCCGCGAUGCGCUCAAGAACGUCCGAGAUGACUACAACGACCCGUACCUGAAGCUCAUGAGCCGUACAGAGCGUGUACCGCACUGGUGGUACAUUGCGCUCCUAAUUCCCUGCCUGGCCUUGUCCUUGGGUUGCAUCUAUGGCGCGGAGAUGGGGCUGCCCUGGUGGGGCUUCAUUGUCAUCACGCUCGUCUCGGUCAUUUGCACUUUUCCGAACGGGAUCCUAUGGGGUGUGGCCAAUGUCCAGGUCGGGAUGGCAUUUCUAUCAGAGCUCAUGGCUGGAGCCAUGUUCCCAGGGAACCCGACGGCGGUUCUCACUUGCAUGACGUACGGCCGGCAGAUCCUGGAACAGAACCUCAAUCUAACCUCGGACUACAAGUUUGGGUUCUACAUGAAGAUCCCGGAGAAAGAGAUGUUCUGGGGCCAAGUCUACGGCACUUUGCUAGGACCCUUCAUCAACUAUGGCAUCAUGCGCCUAGUGAUAGACCACAUCGGUAAGGAGACCCUGAUCGGGAAGAUGGACUCGAAUGCCUGGCUCGCCCUGAAGACGAAGAGCUACUAUUCACUCUCGGUGCUAUGGGGUAUCUUGGGCCCCAAGGUUCUCUUCGACAAGGGCUCCCCUUACAGCUGGAUCUACUACUCGUUCCUCAUCGGCCCUGCCCUGGUGGCCAUCACUUUCGUCGUCCACAGGUACAAACCGGAUUGGAGCAUCGAGACACGAUGCAAUAUGACAAUGCUGCUUUACGGCGGUACCAUCUUCCCCGUCUACGAGACGACGAAUCUCAUGACAUCCGCCCUGCUUUCUCUGGUUUUCAUGGGUUAUAUCCUCCGAGUACACCCCGUGUGGUUCCGCAAGUACAACUACCUGCUGGGGACUGGUCUAGACUGCGGUACCCAGGUCUGUGCCACCAUCAUCAUGUUCGCCAUCAACUUGCCUGGAGUGACAAUGCCAGCCUGGUGGGGCAAUAACCCUGAUUAUACUGAUCUUUGCUACCCACCAUCAAGUCUACCUCCCAAUGCAUUGAACUGAUUGGAGCCCCCGGGGGGGUUCCAGGCGAUCAUAUGAGUGAGGCAAACCUUCAACUUGAGGCUGGGUCAAGUUGGACAACAUGGCUGGAAUUUCAGGGAAUUUUCUGUCUCGCAACCUCGCAGACGGUGUUGUACACGAAUACCAAAGCAACUUAUCCAAUUUGAAGUCAAUAGAUACAUUUACUCCGUCCUGGA